CAACUGAACCACCAAAGAAAUGCAACGGAGGCGUUCCAUAUAAGACCGUGUCCUUGAGUAUAAAUGAAUUUGGCAAGUCAACAAUUCAAAAUUGACAUCCGAAAAAGGCCAGAAUUAUGACAGCGUUGUUUAUCUUUGGCGUGCUUAUUAGCAGUGUAUUGCCUGCACAAGCCCAGCACAAUCUGACUGAAGUGAAUUUUGAGUUAGACAAAGAGUUCCAUCACAUGGAUCGCAACAAAAAUAAUGCGGUUGAUGUUCAAGAAUUUGAAGCCAUUUUAAAUGUUUGGGACCGUGACAACGAUGGCUGUGUGGGCAUGACUGAGUUUUUUGCUGCGCAUUCCAGUGACUCUUUGACAAUGGAGUGGGCACUAUUCAGUCAUUUUGAUCACAACCAAGACAGUUGCCUAGAAAUUCCAGACUUGGUAGACGAAUUUCAUAUAGUAGAUAUAAAUCCCCAAAACGGCGAGAUAACGUUGCAAGAGUAUGAGGUCUACUAUGAUAAGGUUUUAGCAAAUAUUGGAUUCUUAAAUCUCCAAAGCUCAUAAGUUGAAUGAAUUAUGCUUGUUAACUUGUGCAUUAAAACAUAAUCAUGUAAAAUCGUA